AUGAGUGGAGUUGAUUAGGUGACAUUUCUUACCUGGAUGUUCUAUAGGUAUGAGUGAAGAUUCCGAGACCGUCCAUCUGAUGGACGAUGACCAGGAGGACUCGGGGUACGAGGUACCCACACACGCCCCCCAAUUCUCUAAAAUGGUCUUCCCCUUUCCAAAACCUAAUGUUAUGUUGGAGAUGCCUCAAGGAAGUCAACCCACCAUUGGGCACCAGCCAACCGCUGGGCACCAGAGUAUGAACUCGAUCUCAAGUAACAGUACGGUACAGACUCAGUCACGGAGCGAGUCCGGCUCAAGUUCUCACGGGACUCAGUAUCACGGAGCAGAGGCCUGGUGGAGCGUGGGUGAGUUCUUACAGCAGGGGAUUACUCAUCAAAGUGUGGGCUUGUCCCUGAACGGAAAAAACGAUGACGAUACAUGGGAUCUGAGUGAUUCCAUCGCCGACCUGUACAUGGAGGCAUCGGAAAGAGAACAACUGGACAGGGACAAAAUCACAGAACAACUGAAGGAGUCAAAGACAGAGAUUGAUAAGAAGUGGUUAGAGAAGGACACAAAUAACGGAUUUGUGAGAGUGUUUCAGCCGGAUUCUGAAGUGUCUAAAGUGUUUCCCUGUACUCUGUCUACGACAGCUCACAAACUUUGUUUACAGUGUGGUAGGCCCCCUAACUCCUUACAUAUACAACUGAAUGGGGACAUCAUUCGGAGGUUGGAACCCUUUGACAGUCCCUUGGCCAUUCAGAAUGAGUACCUACAAACUGUCGGGUACAAUGACAUCAGGAAAAUACAGCAGAUGGGACUUUGUUCAGAUCUGCCCUGGCUAGUCAAGUUCUAUGCAGGUAAGCCAUUAUCAGAUGGCACCUACUCUAGGAAUCAACUGACGUCCUAUGCCUAUGUAAGGAAGGGUAAACUCCUACAUCAGUGGGUGAGGCGAUUAUGUGUGGUAUCAGGAACAAGGCUACUCAUCUACAGGGACAAAAACAAGACCACUAAACCCACAGUGGUUCAGCUGGCGAAAGGUGAAGUGGAGGAGGUGACCAUUAAAGGUCACGAGCGGUGCCUAAAACUGACCUCCACCCAGCAGGGGGAUCGCUCCGUGUAUCUGUCAUUUGACAGUGACAAUGACUACUCCAAGUGGCUCAGAAAAACCAAAAAGGCUACAGCCAAGCUGCCCUCUAAGGCUGACCUCUCUAAUUGUCACUUGGAGUUCUUGCCAGAGACAGUAUUUAUCAAUGAGGACCUGAGGAGCCUCAAUCUGAGACAUAAUGCCCUCAAAGAGAGGCCAAUCGAGGAGGACAUCUAUACCAUCGGAUGGCUGGAUGACCUACCAAAGUUCCACAGUCUGUGCAGCCUUAACCUGGCUGACAACAACCUGUCUAACUUUCCUGUGGCUCUCUGUCAAAUGAAGACCCUGACUGAACUCAAUAUAGCCAGCAACAAAAUCAAGGAAAUCCCACCAGAAAUUGUCCACAUGUCCUGUCUUCAGAUGUUACACAUUCACAAUAAUCAUCUUCACUCACUACCCACGGAAAUGACAGAGAUGAGCUCUCUAAAAAUCAUUGUUCUUGCCUUCAACCACUUCACCACAAUCCCAGAAGUCCUUCUACAAUCCCAGAAUUCCAAGUCUAAUUUGGACAGCAUUAUCAUGGCAGGGAAUAGGGUAGAAAAACUUCCACAUGAAGUGUUAUGUAGGAUGCAGCAUAUAAAGAAGAUAGAUCUAAGGAUGAACAGUUUAUCACUGCUGCCAAGUGAGACCGCUAAAUUUCAUUUUCUGGAGCUUGUAACUCACCUAGAUGUGAGAGACAACCACAUAAAGGACCUAGAUGUCCGCUCUCUUAAAUCUCUGGAGUACCUUAACUGUGAGAGGAACACAAUGCAGAGUCUACAAGUGAAUGGGUCUUCUCUAAAGAAUCUUUAUGCUGCUGACAAUGAAUUGGAAGUUUUCUCAGUCAAUCCUAAACCUGAAUGGCUUGUUAACCUAGAUAUAUCAAGGAACAAAUUACCAAGCCUCCCUCCCUGGGUUGCUGAGUGCUUUUUCAUGGUCAAACUUGAUGCUAGUCACAAUGCCAUUACAGAGCUGCCAGCAAGGUUGUUCUGUGAUGCCCGUAAGCUGAAGGUGCUGAAUUUGAGUCACAACCAGAUCUCUGAGGUUCCCACAGAUACCCAGAACUGUGUCCUAGAGGAACUUCACUUAGAACACAACUGUCUGAACCUACUACCAGGUCAUCUCAUGUUGCAGGCCAACAAGUUAAAGUAUUUGAAUCUGACAGGAAAUAACCUUCAGUCAGUCCCACAAUUCAGUUUUACCCACAGUUCCCGGCUCCAGGAGCUUUAUCUGUCUGAUAACAAACUGGAGGAUGACUGUAUCCCUUUCUUGUGUUCAUUCACAAAGCUCAGAAUCUUACACAUAGCCCACAACAGGAUCACAGAAAUCAGAAACAGAGAUGUAUCAAAAAAAUCUAUCGAGAUGAAUGUGCAGAAUACCUCAGAACUUUUCCCCACAGGCGUUGGGAGACAUCCUAAGUUACAGGUAAUAUUGCGAGCCAACACAAACUACCUCAAGGAACUGCCCGACUUCAAGAUGGCAAAUAACCUGAAAGUACUAGAAGUAGGAUCAAACCGCCUGUCUGAUGUGUCGGUCACCAGUUUAAUGGGUUCCCAGGUCCAGCUGCUGGAUAUUUCUGGUAACCCAGACAUCAUGGUCAAGAGCAGUGAACUAAAGGGAAUCAGCACCAUAAAGAAGAUUUGUACCCUGGACAUGAGGGGACAGAACCGCUCCCUGCUGGACCUCAGACAGGCUCCCUUUGAGAGUGGGGGGUGUCCCUGGCAGACGGGACUGUCCCAGACAUCGGGGAUGAGGAACAAACUGUGUGUGACAAUACUUAACAAGCCCCAGUUCACCAAUGAGGUAGAGGGUCUGUUUGGUGUGUUUGAUGGAGGGAGGAAUGAGGAGGUCAUUAAGAUCAUUGAUGAUGUCAUCAGUGACACCGUGCUGGAAGAAGCCAAUCAGAGCUCGACCAGUCAGCAGAGUCUGAAGUACGCCCUGCUGUCUGUUCACAGUAAACUGCAGUCCACCGGUCAAAAGGUAGGAGCUGCAGCUGCUGUGUGUCAUCUUAAGAAAGAGAACAACCAAUACAGUCUGUGUAUGGCCAAUGUCGGGGAUGUGGAGGUGGUCAUCUGUCGCCGAGGGGAGGUGGUGCCUGUCUCCAGGCGGUUCCUUGUGCAGAGUGACCCAGAAGAGUGCCGCCGAAUCUGCAAGUCUGAUGGAAUAAUUACAGAGGAUGGCAGAGUGAAUGGAGUAGCCUUUCAGACAAGACUCCUUGGAAGCAGUUUUCUGUAUCCCCAUGUUAUCCCUGACCCCCAUUUAGUGCAAGUUAAUCUUCAUCAUGAUGACCAGUUCAUCAUCAUAGCUAACCAUGGCCUCUGGAAAUAUGUAAGCUAUGAGGAUGCUGUGAAACAAAUAAAAAACAUUCCUGAUCCUGUCAUAGCUGCCAAACGCUUACAAGACUUGGCACAAGGAUAUGGAUCAAAGGAGAGCAUAGGGAUUCUUGUCAUCAGACUCUUGUUGUCAGAGAAGGAGAGAAACAAAAUGAAGACCAUUUUACAGAAGCAGUUUCAGGCUGAGCAGGAAUUACUGGCUGUUCUGAAAGAGAGGGAUGCAUUCAAGGAGGAGGAGAGAAGGAAGAAGAAGGAGGAGAUUGCUCAUGAAGAAGAUGGUGUUCCGAUGGACAUACUCAAACUGAAAAAGCAUGGAAAAAGGAGAAUGCAGGCAUUCGAUGUGUUUCAUGAGGAAGGUGGUGAUUAUGUGAGCCUCGCUUUUAAUUCUUCUGAUUCCUCUGGUGGAAACUGGGAAGAAGUUCUCCAAAAGCGGCUUGCAGAAGAAGUAAAAAACAAAGAGCUUAGACAUUUAUUUGAUGAUGAGAACAAAGAGACUGAUGUGAUGAAUGCGGCUUUUGAGAUGGGAUACAAUGGCGUAGACCCCAAUUGGAACACAAAAGACACCAGCAAGAAAAAAUACAAAAAGAAACAUCAUGCACCAGAUCCUAAUGUGAACAUUAUCAGUCCUGUGAACUACCAACCAAAUGCUUUGAUUAACUCAAGUCCUUCUGUGGAAUCAGUGGAAUUUACAAAGGACUACAGUGGUUCUCAGGAUGUUGACAGAGAUGCUGUGUUAUUUCAUCAGAUGCAAAUAGCACGUUCCAAGAGUAAGAGCACAGAUAGCAUGGAUUCCAUACAGUCUGUUCCCAAUAGUUCCUCAUAUAGGGAUGUUCCUGUGGCAACUAAGAGUUCCUCUCACAGCAUUGAGGUUCUCAUUCAUAAACCACACCAUGGAUCUUGGGAGGAGAGACUGGGAGGGUCUCAGCCUAGUUACUUACCCACACAUCAGCGAAAUCUCUCCCUCCAGGACUUUGACUGGGAGGUACCUAACUCCUGCCCUGACACUAAGUCUGUGGAGAUGGAACAUGUGAAACUUCAUAAAUUAGACAGGAAAUUUGAUGCUUCAAUGAAUAAUUUGUUCGUAGCAGAAAAUCAAGAAACAAGCCAACCCCAACCCCUUGACAUUUCACCAGCAGGUUCUGAUGAAACUGUGAAGGAAACCCCAGAAAUAUAUGAGGAUGAAACCAUAGUGAGUGGCUACAAAACCUCCCCAACGAUAAAAGACAAGAAACAGAGAGCUCCUCCACCCCCUCCCCUCCCUCCCAGAGUGUCACUGGAGGAUCUGUAUGCCAAACCUCAAAAGAAGGAAAGGAGAGCUGCACCCCUACCACCAACUAGUGUGUCACCACAGGGUAAAACCACAAUCCAAGCCCAGGAAGAGGAGGGAAGAUCAGCUUUCCAAUCUGUGAAACCAGUUGUUCCUCCUAGGACUUAUCUCGCUAAAUCUGAGGCAGGGGACAACAGUCAGAUGAAAAAGCUAACAGACUCCCUUCUUGCUUUGCAAGGAAGAGAUGUGUUAAAUAUUCGUGCCAAAAUUUCCAAGUUUGAAAUCGGUGACCACCAACCCUCAAACGUCCCAGAGAGGAAUGUGGAUUAUAUUCUAACUUCUGAAGGUAGUGAGACACAAACAAGUGAAGAUAAAGGCUAUUUAAAACAUGAACCUGAUGUGAAUUCCAAUUCUCUGACCAGCCUCCAGAACUUUUAUUUUGCUCUACAAAAUGGGACUCAUAUGAACCAGUGUCACGAUGAAGCUGGUAAUCCAUUUACCACACCAUCAAUGGAAUCUCUCCUGCACAAGUCAUUGAGCCAACAGAGUGUUAUUGAGACAUACUUAUAACCACUACUUAACCAUCCUCAAAAUGGAAUUACCAAAUGUUUUGUUGCAAUAUAUAAUAUUCAUUCUUACGAAUUUUAAUAUAAGUAAAAAUUAAUUUUACAGACAUUCUGUUUAAAGUGACCUGAGUUUUAUAAAAUGAAUCUGGUUUUUAUAUUUUAAAUGUCUGAAAUUUUUUUUUAAUUGUGCAAUAUGAUUUUCAUGUUGAGAAUCAAUGG